AUGAUUGAUAAGAAACUCGGAGAUAAACCGGUUUAUUUCGAAAUCAGUAUUGGGAAUGCUGGAAACGCUAUGGAUGGACAUAAUGCAUCUGCCAGAGACCACUAUGAUUCGGACAGUGACGAAAUAGAGGUGGUUUCUUGUGACAGCGCUUCUUGGCAAAGCACAACGUCUCCCUCAAAACCGAUGACGCAUAAUAAAAUGUACUAUUUCUUACCUUACUGGGAUAACAAGCCCUGCAUGCACAUCCGGUCUGUUUGGCCCGAUCAUCGCCGAAGGAUGUACAACUCGAAUAUCAUCACUAAAAUUGUUGAAAAAUUUGAAGAUGGUUUGUCUGAAGUUACAUCGGCAAUUGAAUCAGACGACCCGAACGUUGAGAUGUUGCUCAAACAAGUCCUCGAGUAUCUUUCGACACAAUGCGCACAAUACGUGACUCUUGCGAAAGAGUCACAAACGGGACCGGGCACUGGAAAAACCAAAUUGGAUAAGGAGCAUUCAAAAUUGUGUCAACGAGAAAUCGAGUACAUCGGCAACACAGCAAAGAAUCUUAAAGCCCUAGUCACGAAGAGUUCGUUCAAAGAGAGAUUUAAGACAGCACAGAAAUUUCUUAAAAAAUUGAAAUUUCUCACGGAAGAUCCACAACACGCGCUUCCAGACGUUUUCCUUUGGAUAAUAAGCGGAGGAAAGCGGCAGGCAUACCAGCGCAUACCCGCCAGGGACAUUAUUUACUCUACAGUAGACGAGGAAUGCGGAAAAGACUGCGGAAAAGUUCAGACGAUGUUUCUGAAGCUGCCCGGCAAGAAAGGAAUGGGGCCCAGCGGUUGGUCUAUUCCAGCUAAAUUGCAAAUAUUCCUUUGGCUGGGAUUAGUGAAACACAAGAAAAACGUUCUCACAGGACUGCCAGGCGGAUAUGAACACACUCAGGAAAUCAAGAAUGUUGAACGACCACGUGCCUUGCCACCAAAUACCAUACAUUAUGUCGAGAAACAUAUAUUUCAACUACGCGCUCACGUCUACCAAGCGAGGUCCCUGAUCGGAAGCGAUGCAUCCGGACUUUCAGAUCCUUUCGCUAGGAUAAUUGCCGGCGAAUUUAGCAAAACGACGCAAGUUAUCGACGAAACUUUGAGUCCAACAUGGGACGAGCUGCUAAUAUUCGAGGAAAUUUUAAUUUACGGAGAUGGAGACGAAAUUAAAAAUGACCCACCUCCAAUACUAAUCGAAAUUUUCGAUCAAGAUAAAGUUGGGAAAAGCGAGUACAUUGGAAGAACUUUGGCUAAACCGAAUGUUAAACUUAAAGAGGAUGCGUAUACUAAGCCGAAGUUCCCGCCCUCUUUGGAAUGGUUUACUAUUACACGUGGUACAGACAGAGCAGGCGAACUACUAGCGGCCUUCGAACUUUUAGAAAUCGACGUAGAAGCUUCUCUACCUUCUCUUCCUCACCCUAAAGACAUUCCAAUGUACCAUGAAACGGAUCCCAAGAAGAUCGAACCACUUCUGCCGGUUCCCAGAGGAAUUCGGCCAACGUUAGCUAGAUACAGAAUUGAAGUCCUCUUUUGGGGGCUUAGAGAUUUGAAAAGGAUACACUUGUUGACUGUGGAUAAACCAAGAGUUGAUAUAGAAUGUUCGGGGAAUAUUUUGUACUCAAGUAUAAUUCAGAAUAGGAAGAAAAAUCCGAAUUUUAGUACACCUGUUAAGUUUUUGGAUUUGGAUCUGCCCGAACAAGAAUUGUAUAGACCACCCGUGACAAUACGAGCUGUAGAUUGUCGAAGUUUUGGGCGAUAUACCUUAGUAGGAACACACAUAAUCAACUCCAUUCAAAAAUAUAUCUACAAACCUAUGACCAAAAAGGAUAGGGAAGCCGAAGAACGCAAAAAGUCCUUGAAUCAAUUGAAAACUGGGGAAUGUACUGGAGGAGGAUGUGCCCAGUUGUCUCCUACUAAUAUGGCAAAUUCCCAUAACGAUAAGGAGAAAAGUCCUUUAUUGCCAAAGGACAUAUCUAUUCAAAUAGGUUACGGUACCCAAGAAGGCACGAAAAAGAUGAAGUCGGAUAUGAAUAAAAAGAGGAAACAAAGUUUUGAAGAAGAAAUUGACGAUGAAGAAGACAGCAAAGAUUGGUGGACGAAAUAUUUCGCUUCAGUGGAGCGGAUGAUUGACGAAUCUAAAGAAGCGAAAAAGGCUUUCAAUCAUAACGGAAGUUUACAAGUACACGACGACGACAAUAAUCCACAUUCCGGAAACAGUUCGGAUAGAAGUCCGGGUGUCGAAUACAGAAAAACGAACAGAUUCGGAUUUAAGACUGCGUCCACUGCCUCGCGAUUUGCCGCAAAAAUAAGUCCGAAGAGUACUAGAAAAAGAAUAAAAUAUAAAACGGCGUUGUGCAAGAUUUAUCCAACGGAAUUAGAAGCUAGACCAGAAUUUCACGAAUUUAAAGAAUGGUUGCAUACAUUUGAACUUUACAGAGGCAAAAAGACUGGCGAAGACUCUGAAGAUGAUAGCAGGGUUGUAGGAUACUUUAAGGGAGCAAUAAAAGUGUACAAAUGGCCUCUACCUAAAGACGUAGAAGACAAAACCAUCAUGGGGUUCGAUCCCCAAUUCGGACUGUUUCAAGGACUGCCAUCCAACGACCCCAUAAGAGUUCUAGUACGAGUAUAUGUAGUCAAAGCCAACGAUUUACAUCCCAUGGAUUUAAAUGGCAAAGCAGAUCCCUAUGUGGUUUUGCAGCUGGGUUCUAAGAGGAUCAGUGACAAGGAGAAUUACAUUUCAAAGCAACUGAAUCCCGUUUUCGGAAAGUGCUUCGAGAUCGAGGCCACUUUUCCGCAAGACUCGUUACUGACAGUCCAAAUUUACGAUUGGGAUUUGGUUGGGUCCGACGACAUGGUCGGAGAGACGAAAAUUGAUUUGGAAAAUCGCUUUUACAGUCGGUACAGGCCCAGUUGUGGUUUACCUGAGAUUUAUGAGGAAGAGGGCUACAACGCUUGGAGGGAUGCAAUGAAACCAUCUCAAAUUUUAGCGAAACUCUGCAAAGACGCCAAAGUUGAUCCUCCCGUAUACGCAGAUGGUUUGGUGAAAGUCGGAAAGCAACUCUUUUUCGUCCAAAACGACGAGAUCGAUUUUUACAGAACGAAAGAGGCGGAGGAACACAUGGCUUUGGCAGUGUUGCAUCGAUGGAGUGAGUUUCCCAAAACAGGUUGCGUUCUAGUGCCGGAACACGUCGAAACGCGACCAUUAUACAAUCCCGACAAGCCCGGAAUUGAACAGGGAAAGCUCGAAAUGUGGGUUGAUAUGUUUCCGAUGGAUAUGCCGCUACCGGGACCCCCUUUGGACAUUUCUCCACGGAAACCCAAAAGCUACGAAUUGCGAGUAAUAAUUUGGAAUACAGAUGAUGUGGUAUUAGAAGACGAUGCCUUUUUUACCGGCGAGAAAAUGUCGGAUAUUUACGUUAAAGGGUGGUUAAAAGGUCCCGAAGACUGCCAAUGUACCGAUAUACAUUACCGAUCUCUAACGGGAGAAGGAAACUUCCAUUGGCGAUUUAUUUACCCUUUCGACUAUUUAGUAGCCGAACAAAAAAUUGUGAUAUCAAGAAAGGAAUCGUUAUUUUCGUGGGAUGAAAGUGAAUGCAAGAUUCCAGCAAGGUUGGAAUUACAAGUAUGGGACGCUGAUCAUUUCUCUGCUGACGAUUUUCUAGGAGCAAUAACUUUAGACCUUAACAGAUUCCCUCGUGGUGCUAAAUCGUCAAAACUGUGUACUCUAAACAUGCUGAAUAUGGACGGUUCCGUACCUAUGGUCAACAUUUUCAAACAAAAAAGAGUAAAAGGCUGGUGGCCAUUUUUCAUCAAAAAAGAUAACGAGGAAAUGGAGCUGACGGGAAAAGUAGAAGCUGAAAUUCAUUUGUUAAGUAAAGAGGAAGCGGAAAAGGCACCUGCGGGGUUAGGAAGGAACGAGCCUGAUCCUUUAGAAAAACCUAAUCGUCCAGAUUCAUCGUUCAUGUGGUUCAUGAACCCUCUGAAAUCGUUAAGAUACAUCAUAUGGCAUAACUAUAAAUGGACUAUUCUUAAACUAUUUAUAUUCAUAGGACUAACUCUCAUUAUUCUACUAUUCUUUUACUCAAUUCCUGGUUACACUGUAAAGAAAAUGAUUGGUGCUUAA